AGUGCAUGUGUUAGAAGUGCACCGCUCGGUAGAUAUUCGAUAGUCAUCAGCUCGGGUUCGAUUGUCCCAAGGAAAUACUCGAGGCGGCUCAUCCUUCCUCAUCACUCUUUCAAUCGGUGCCUUACAAACGUUCAACCAAAAAUGGUCAAGAUCGCUCUCGAGCUCAAUGCGAACCUCGAGAACCUUGUUCACCUGGAACCGGCCGACGAUUCCUUCGUUUGGUAUUUGAAAGUUAAAUGUGGAGGAUGCGGUGAAGUCAAUGACAAUUGGGUUUCCGUGGAACUCGAAUCGCGCCAAGAUAUCCCGGGCAGUCGAGGUGAUGCGAAUCUAGUCAUCAAAUGUAAACUUUGCUCGAGAACGAAUACUCUCGACAUCAUCACAGAUUCCCGGAAAGCUUACACAACCUCAGAGAAAUCGCAGAAGAUCAUCGCUUUCGAUUGUCGCGGGCUGGAGCUUGUCGACUUCGACCCGAGAGACGGUUGGGUGGCGAAAACCGAGGAAGGCAAGGUCUUUGACGAGGUUGAUCUCACGGAGAAGGAGUGGACUGACUACGACGAGAAGAAACAGCAAACCGUUGGGGUCUACGAGGUCAAAUGGAGCUUCAAGAAACUGUGAUUCGAUAUUGCAAAUACAUCAGCCAGAUCUCGUGAUUCGUUCCGCUCGUAUUCUUCAAACUCGCUUCUUCGAGCUCGUCAAAACCAAUCUCGAAACCCGUAGGGAUCAUCCUAUGCCCAAAUUCAGACAACGAGGAACAAUAAACUCGAAAUAAGUGGAACUUUACUUCAGAGGAUUCAGUUUCCCGGACGUCCUCCGUUCUCGAACAGAUUUCCCCAGUUUCUGAUUAGGACGGAAUAGUACCUAGAAUAAAAUGAGGUACCUAAUCAAAAUA